AUGACGGAAACCACAUCAUCUGGGGUCAAGAAGUUGGUGUGUCGAGUCUGUCAAAAGGGUUUCUCCAAAGCAGAACAUUUGAGGAGACACGAACGCUGCCAUACCGGGUCUAAGCCAUUUGUCUGCAAAGAGUGUCGUCGACCUUUUGCACGGCAAGAUGCCCUCACCCGUCAUGAAAAACUACAUGUCCGGGCUACGGAUACCAAACAUGCACAGACUCAUCCAUCAUCACAUCUAGCUCCUCAGUCAACAUCGAUCGACGCGCUUCCUUCGUGGGACACUAGUCAUGCCUCAACAGCACCCCCAGUAACGACCUCUGCUCCUAGUCAGACCUGGGAUGCACGCCAACCCACACAGCAGUCAAGCUUGCACCAUGGUGCGACCGAUCUUGACUUUGCCUUAAUAUGGCCAGACUCAGAAAACCUGUUUCAGAGUAUAAUGUCUUCGGACACAAUGGAUCAAUGGCAGAUGCCGUUAGGAGCACUGCCCUUUUCCCCAGUCGUUCAAGAUGUCAAUGGUAUGAACUUCGGUUCUCCCAACUCCUUCGAUGAUCGAGGUUCUUCAAUCGGUGCUAUUCCGUUAGGUGGAGGUCACCAGGCCGUACGCGAUGUCACAGAGAUGGUGACGAGCUCAUCAUCUAGUGUCACAGCAGCUGUGAAAGCAACAUCAGUCACCUCAGUGUUCCUCGACGAGUGUCUGCAUAUGUUCUUUGUGCGCUUUAUCCCAACCUUUCCCAUCCUACACCGAGCAACUUUCGUUUUUCGAGAAUGCACCCAUCCACUCCUCUUAAACGCUAUUGCCAUUGGGUCUCUAUACCUCGGCCCUAAACAAUCAGUUGCAAAGGGGGAAGCUUUAUGGCGCCUAGCACAUACCGCUGUCGCAACUUCAUGGCAAUCGUUGAUAACACAUAACGGUCCAUAUGAUGCCUGUAAAGGCGUGCAGCUUCUCAUCACGGCUGUCCUGGGUCAGAUAUACGGUGCUUUAUCUAAGAACAGGAUUAUACGAACAACAAGUCAAGUCUUCCGACCGCUGGGGUUCUUCUGGGCUCGACACUGCGGGAUGUUGGAUAGCGAACCUUAUUCCCUAGAGAAUCUGCCCUUCCCGAGCGCUCCUGAUGCAGAGAAAGAGCACCAAUGGCGAGUUUGGGUGGCAAGAGAGAUUCAACAACGUGCACUGCUUGCCUAUCAUAUUUUGGACGGUUUGGUUGCUCAGAUGUCUGGUGAUGGCGCAUCGGCUCGACAUGUAGCCAAUCCUCUUAGUCUUCCCAGCAGUGAAGCUGCAUUUGAUGCUAGCACUCCAGACGAAUGGCUCAUUCAUAUGCGCUCGCAGAAGACAGAUCAACCGUCGUUCCGUCUGGUUUUUCGCUCACUAUUCCCACCUGCCGGUAGUCUGCGUCCUCUAGAUUACCAAUUUUCCGCCUUUGCCCUUCGCGUCGUCUUGGAGGGCCUUCAAUCUCUAGUUUCCGACUCGGAUGAAAGUGAUCUCGCUGCUGUUGGUGUCCCAGGAAAAUCUGAUGUUAGAAGGGCUCUAGCCCAGGUACACGAAACCAUAUCCAUGUCCAUUCAUCUUUCUGCCCCUGAAAGGCUGGAAAUCCUUUUGCGAUGGCAUACCAUAUGCCUUGAUAAUAUGAUCAACUCAACAGUACUCAGUAGACAUGUGUGCUCGCGAUAUGAUAUCCCUCAACAUGUCUCUGGAGGGUCUCGGUCCGUCAGGACUGGGUUUGAUAUGAUUAAAUGGGUUAAAACAGAGGGCGCUCGCCGAGCUCUCUUGCAUGCGAUUGCAAUCCAAGAUAUAAUUGAGCAACUACCUCGAGGCAGAGCUCAUGUCGUUCACAUGCCGAGUUCCCUCUUUGCAGCAGCAACUAUCUAUGUUGUUUUUUCCCUUGCUGGCGUCGCAACGAUCCAUCUUCCACGCACUAUUAUUUGGCAGGACGCCCUCAUUUCCAAUUCAGAUUUUAAUCUGGGAAGCGAUGAUUUUCGGCCAUCGCUGUCAGGCUCCGAGACGAGGCGAUUUGUUGAAGGUGGACAGACGGUCUCUCCGCCUGGCUUAGGCACUGUACGGAACUUACUGUAUGAACUGAACUCGAUUCAGAAGCUAUUCCGCUGCCUCUAUUCCCAGUGGGGUAUUGCGCACGACAUGGAAGAGAUUAUCGAUGAGUGGAUUUCCUUGUGCCACUAA